UUAGCGCAAGGAGGGGGGCCUGCCACAGUAUGAGGGUUUUCUUUUUUGUUUGCUUUAAGUCAUUAGGUUGUCCGGUAUCAUGUAGAUAUUAGUUUUGUUACACACUCCUUUUCUUUCUUUGUUUAUAUUUAUAUAUAUAUAUAUAUGUUGCAUUCCUUUGGACAUUUUCUGCGUCAGUCGCCACUGUUUUCUUUUUUUUUGUAUUCUUUUUCCACAAACCAGGAUCAUCCGCAUACUGUGUCCUUACGGGUAGUCCGGAGUGUAACGGAGAUGGGGGAGGCAGUGAUUUCCAUCUUGAAUUAACAUAUAAUAAUCUAUCGAAGAGUUCGCGUUCCCAUUCUGGCAGAAUUGUAUGCAUUUAAUUAACAAGAAGACGAAGAUCAAAGACACGUAUGUAACGCGUCCACGCAAGGUUGAAGCUCCCUGAAACGCGCAACUGCAAGGUUUGAGGAUGGGUUGUGUGAAGAGUAAAGACGACAAAGGUUCUGCAGUUAAAUACAGACAUGAAAACAUGCAAGACUCUAUCAGUGCUCAUGUUGGUCAUUAUGGACCUGACCCCACUCAAAUAAACCAGUCUCCUGCCUCUAAGGGACCCACUUCAAACUAUAAUAAUCAUUCCAUAGCACCUUUUGGUGGGUCUUCUAUUAUGACACCCUUUGGAGGGGCAUCUUCAUCUUUUCCUGUGGUAACAAAUCCUUUCCCUGGUGUUGCUACAGGUGGAGUUACUAUUUUUGUGGCCUUAUAUGACUAUGAAGCUAGAACAACUGAUGAUUUAUCAUUCAAGAAAGGGGAAAGAUUUCAAAUCAUCAAUAACACGGAGGGAGACUGGUGGGAAGCUCGAUCCAUCAAUACAGGGAAAAAAGGAUACAUUCCUAGUAAUUAUGUUGCUCCUGCUGACUCCAUACAGGCUGAAGAGUGGUACUUUGGGAAAAUGGGACGCAAAGACGCUGAACGGCUACUUUUAAAUCCAGGGAACCAGCGUGGAACUUUCUUGGCAAGAGAGAGUGAAACUACUAAAGGUGCUUAUUCGCUCUCAAUUCGAGACUGGGAUGAAGCGAAAGGUGACAAUGUAAAGCACUACAAAAUCCGAAAACUUGAUAAUGGUGGUUAUUACAUUACAACAAGGGCUCAAUUUGAAACACUCCAAAAACUGGUGAAACAUUACACAGAACAUGCAGAUGGUUUAUGCCACAGACUAACAACUGUGUGUCCAACUGUUAAGCCACAAACACAGGGACUGGCUAAAGAUGCUUGGGAAAUACCUAGAGAAUCACUAAGAUUAGAAGUGAAACUUGGACAAGGAUGCUUUGGUGAAGUAUGGAUGGGUACGUGGAAUGGAACAACAAAAGUUGCAAUUAAGACAUUAAAACCUGGCACCAUGUCACCAGAAGCUUUCCUUCAAGAAGCCCAAAUUAUGAAAAAGCUUCGUCAUGACAAACUGGUACCUCUAUAUGCUGUGGUUUCUGAAGAGCCCAUCUAUAUUGUUACUGAAUAUAUGGCAAAAGGUAGUUUACUAGACUUCCUUAAAGAAGGUGAGGGAAAAUACCUAAAACUACCACAACUGGUGGACAUGGCUGCUCAGAUUGCAGAUGGAAUGGCUUUUAUUGAGAGGAUGAACUAUAUUCAUAGAGACCUGCGAGCUGCCAACAUUCUUGUUGGUGACAAUCUUGUUUGCAAGAUUGCUGAUUUUGGAUUGGCAAGAUUAAUUGAAGAUAAUGAAUAUACUGCUAGACAAGGAGCAAAAUUCCCUAUCAAAUGGACAGCGCCAGAAGCAGCAUUAUAUGGACGAUUCACAAUUAAAUCCGAUGUAUGGUCUUUUGGCAUUCUUUUGACAGAGCUGGUUACCAAAGGAAGAGUUCCAUAUCCAGGCAUGGUCAACAGAGAAGUACUUGAACAGGUGGAACGAGGUUACAGAAUGCCUUGUCCUCAAGGCUGCCCAGAAUCACUCCAUGAGAUGAUGAAAUUGUGUUGGAAAAAGGAGCCAGAUGAAAGACCAACAUUUGAGUAUAUUCAGUCCUUCUUAGAAGAUUAUUUCACAGCUACAGAACCACAGUAUCAGCCUGGAGAUAACUUAUAAGUCUCUUAGACAAAAUGACAUUGCAGUGCACAUUCUGCAAGUCACUUCAUGUGAAAAAACUGGAAUUCCAGUUUUAGUUGCACAAACCACUUUUAUUUUGUAAUUUUGCUCUGAACGCUAAUCCUGGAAAUCCACUAGUAUGAUUAUUGGAGAUACGUUUUGUAUUAAUUUUAUAAAACUGACUUGCCAUCAUUUAUUAAAAGUGACCAAGGCUUGGCUUUGUUUUAAAGGAUAUCCUCCUGUUACUGGACUGAUCCGCAGAUCACAUUUUACAUGCCAUAACAGAUGUCUGAAUUUUCCGUAUUUAUUGUGCUGGAUGAAAUUUAAACUUUGAAAGACAUGAAAAAAUUUGAACAUUGUAUUUUUUCUUUUUUUUCUUCUCUACAAUCCUUAGGUUCAUUUGAUCAACUAAGCUGCAUGCACUGUUUUUUUAUUAUUUGAUAAUUAAAACUGGAAAUACGAGGUGUUAAACUUAACUCUUUGGAUUGUUUUUGUAGGAAGGAAGAAUAGAUUCAUUUUUAUAUAUAUAUAUUUUUUUGUUAUAAUCCAUACAUAAACCAUGUUUAACUAGUGGAUUCCAAGGAAAUGCAUACAGCUCUUAAUUGGAGAUCUUAUUCCAAAAUGUUAAGUAUUUCAUAAAUAAUUUUGAAAAUAUUCAAAAUGUCACAGUUAAUUUUAAAGAAAUUGAAUGUCACAAAUGACACAACUAAAUCCUAAAGGUUUCUUUACAUAUGAAUGUCAGCAUUGUUUAAUCCUUAAAUUCAUUCAUUACAACAUACAUGACCAAUUUUUUCAUAUUUCUGUCUCAGCAGUAACAGAAUCCACUGAUAUACCAUGUUUUAAUUUUUAUCAAUCAAUUAACCAGAACAAAUGAUGUUGGUUGUCUGUGUGCUUUUUACUCAUUUUUUUGGUUUAAACUUUUUGAUGUAGCUACUGUAAUACACUAAACUGAAUUUGGGUUAUGCGGAAAAGUACUGACUGGACUGGAAAAUGCAAUGUUCGCUGCAGUGAGAGAGAACUGGUGCAGUCAUAGUCAGAUCAGUGUUCCAUGUUAAGAGAGCAUUGGUAAUACCUAAUGCAUUUGGCUUAAUAAAUUUUACAUGUGAAAAUCAUUAGUUCUGUGUAUAAACAUGUACAGUACCCUGAGUCAUUUGUAUAGAAAAUUAUAAUUGUAGAGCUCUGUGAAAAUUAGCUUAUUGAAUAUGAGCCUUUGGGUACUAAAAUUACCUCUGAUUGUUUCUUCUUACACAUAAUGAUGAAACCUUACACUAAGCAGAUUAUUUUGAAGAGUGCCAUUGGUUUUUAUGUGUAUUUAUAUGCUCCUCCAUGGGCACAGGGUGGUGAAUUUUAAAAGGGCUUUGUACAAAUUUCAGAGAGACUUUAAUUUUUUUAAUUUCUGAAAAAAAUAUAAAUACUAGAAAAUAUGGUUUAGGUACUGAAUUUCCUUUAAACCUUAAAUGGGGACAACCAUAAUAGUAAAUUUUUGGUUUUGGAUACUAACAAGAAAAAAUUUGUACAGAAAUUAAAUAAAAACACUAAUUCUUUUA